AAAACCCUAUACGCCUCCAUCUGUGUCACGACAGGAAUAAUCGAUCCUCUAUAUAAACAAAGUAACCCUAGUUUCUUUCACCACAACUUAGCCACUAUCAGUUUCCAACUUUCCUCUUCUUCCACCGAUUCUUCUUCAAUAAUCCAAAACAACCUUCACGCUAUUCAUAAUAACCAAUCCACUAUGUCGGAUGAUGAAAGAGAGGAGAAGGAGCUGGAUCUCACUUCUCCUGAUGUUGUAACUAAGUACAAAAGCGCUGCAGAGAUCGUUAACAAGGCUUUGCAGUUGAUAAUUUCAGAGUGUAAACCGAAGGUCAAGGUUGUUGAAAUUUGUGAGAAAGGGGAUUCAUUUAUAAGAGAGCAAACUGGUAACAUGUACAAGAAUGUGAAGAAGAAGAUUGAGAGGGGUGUUGCCUUCCCAACUUGCAUAUCUAUAAACAACACUGUAUGCCACUUUUCUCCUCUGGCCAGUGACGAAACUGUGUUGGAAGAAGGUGAUAUACUGAAAAUUGAUUUGGCUUGUCAUAUAGACGGUUUCAUUGCUGCUGUGGCUCAUACUCAUGUACUUCAGGAGGGGCCUGUAACGGGUCGUGCAGCUGAUGUCAUUGCAGCAGCUAACACUGCUGCUGAAGUGGCCUUGAGGCUUGUAAGGCCAGGAAAGAAGAACAAGGAUGUAACUGAUGCAAUUCAGAAGGUUGCUGCUGCUUAUGAUUGUAAAAUUGUCGAGGGUGUGCUUAGCCACCAAAUGAAGCAGUUUGUGAUUGAUGCGAAUAAGGUUGUCCUAAGUGUAUCUAAUCCUGACACAAGGGUUGACGAUGCCGAGUUCGAGGAGAACGAAGUUUAUGCAAUUGAUAUUGUAGCCAGCACUGGUGAAGGCAAGCCUAAGCUGUUGGAUGAGAAGCAAACAACUAUUUAUAAGAGAGCUGUUGAUAGAAGCUAUCACUUGAAGAUGAAAGCAUCUCGGUUUAUUUACAGUGAAAUUACCCAAAACUUUCCCAUCAUGCCAUUCUCUGCCAGGGCUUUGGAAGAAAAAAGAGCUCGUCUCGGUUUAGUGGAAUGCAUGAAUCACGAGCUCCUGCAGCCGUAUCCUGUUCUACACGAAAAGGCUGGUGAUUAUGUUGCACACAUCAAAUUCACGGUCUUGUUAAUGCCAAAUGGAUCGGAUCGCAUCACAACUCAUUCACUCCAGGAAUUGCAGCCUACUAAAACUGUAGAUGAUCCCGAAAUUAAGGCCUGGCUAGCAUUGGGCAUAAAGACAAAGAAGAAAGGUGGUGGAAAGAAGAAGAAAGGAAAGAAGGGUGCCGAAGGUGAAGCCCAAGCUGAGCCCAUGGAUGCAACAAAUGGUGCCUCAACCCAAGAGCAAGAAUGAGUCUGCCUGAAAAAAACCCUUUGAUUUUCCUUUGUAAUCCCUUGCAAUUUUGGUACAUUUUACACUAGUUGUAUUGGCCAAGUGUGAAUUUAGUAUAGCAUUCCUACGAUAUCGAUAGGAAUUUCCAUGUGCACAUUCCAGUAUACAUUGACAUGAAUGCUAUACUCUGUUUAAAACAUAAAUCCCGGUUUUAUGGUACUUUUAUUUAAAGGAAUCAUAUCAAAUUUAAGAACCAAA